GCGAACCGAACGGACCGUGGACGCUCCGACUCCGGAACCUCGGUGUGUGUUUGUCGCGCGCAGCAAGUGUACCUGUGUGGUGAGGUCGUGUAGUGCGUGUGAUUUUGUGUUUUUUCCAUAAAUUUGUGAGCGGAACAACAUAUUAACAAAAUAAUAGUACAAAAUUCGACAAUUAAGCUAAAACCACGUGUGUGUGCGGUGUGUGCGGAAAGAGCGCGCACGCCUCUGUUACGUUCUUCUUCCAAUAUUGCUUGGCCCGAAAUAAAGUGUAUCAAAAUGAUUGAUGAUGAUGAAGUGUGCUAUCGACCGCAGUUCGCUAAUGUGUUUUGCCCCCUUUGGAGCCACUCUUCCGGUCGCGAUUGAUUCCAGUUCGACGGUCGACCGCGUGCGUUAAAAGAUAUUCCCCCCUGGGGUGGCUUGUGUUUCGCUAAGAGCGUCUUUCAAGCAUCAGAAGCAACGAAAUACUGCGAAGGAGCUUUCAGUGUGCGUUUAGAAAGGCAAAAAAAGCCAAAGGAAAGCAUUUCUGGCAAACAAAACGAUCUGUUGCUCGUGUAUCCUCCGGUUCUUUGGGUGCAUCAGUGUUGCGUGGUGUUGGUAAAGUGUUAACGUGCUAAAAAGUGCGCAAAACCGUUCUGGCCAAAACGAGUUCUGCACCAGUUUUUUUCUUCUCUCAGCCACGAUGACCCUCCAAAAUACCAAAAGUCACUUGGUGACCGCACGGAAGGGUUCGUCGCCUUCGAUAAGGCGCCUGCCAGCGCAUCUCGGUCUCCUGUCCGCGCUGGCGAUGCUGGUGAUGCUGCUCGGGUUGCAAUUCCCGUUCGCCGAUGGAUAUCGCAUGCAGCGAACCCAAUCCAGUUGCUACUACAAUGGGACCCACUUUAUGGAGGGUUCGAUCGUGCCGACCAAGGAACCCUGCCUGAUGUGCAAAUGUACGGAGAAGACGCUGAUCUGCGCGCUGAAGGUUUGUCCAGAACAACCGAUUCCACCGCCGAGGGGAUGCAUUUUGGUGCAUAAGGCCGGUUCCUGUUGCCCGUACCUGCAGUGCUCGAAGCUGAAUCUGGCCGUCAAGAACAAUGGCGAUAGGAAGAAGCUCCACUUUCUGGACUACUACGAAAAGGCGGCCCAGGAGCGGUUUGAAAACCCGAACGCGUAUCUACGCCGCUCCGAUGACGACGAGGUGGAAGAUAAUGGAGCUUGUAUCGUUAACGGCACGGUGUACAAAUCGGGCUCGGCCAUGGUUAGCUCCACGCUCUGCUCGUACUGCUACUGCAUCAACGGGCGGCAGCAGUGCGUGAAGCCGAAGUGUGCCCUGCCGAGCCAAAAGUGUGCCCCGGUGUUUGUGGACUCGGCCUGCUGCCCGAUCCGGUACGAUUGUAGUGGCAAAACGCCGAUCAAAAACGCCGAGCUGGCGACCACGGAGUCGGCCAAUCAUGUGCGGCGGAUUAACAACAAGCACUAUCAGCGGAUGGCCGAGCGGCGUGGAUAUCGUAGCAAUGGGUGUACCGCUGGUGGACAUACCUAUCCGGACGGGGAGAAGAUGAAGUCGGAAGAUCCGUGUGAGGUGUGCUACUGUAUCCGGGGGCAGCGCAAGUGUACGCCCAAGAAGUGUGCCCCGACGAUUAAGGGUUGUACGCCACGUGUACCGCGUGGGGAGUGCUGUGCGGUGCGCUACGAUUGCAAGCACGGAGAGCAGAAACCCUUCGGUCGCAAGAUGGAAGAUGAGGAAGAGUCGUUUGACUUUUUCUCGAUCCUCUUCGGACCCGACCCAGAUGCACCGAAGGAAGAGACGAAGAAUGCUACUGAAGUGAUCGAAGCACCAGUCACUGAAACCGCUCCGGUGAGUACCACUUCGGAGAAGAGUUUCCUCGACCUGCUGCGUGCCGGGCUUGACUUUAUCGAUGAUGCCGGCGAAGAUGAGCUGCUACUAAGUACGGCAGCUCCAUCAGAAGCAAACACCUUGCUUACCUCAACCGAACUACCACCCGAGCUGCAAACGGUAAAGGUAGAGAUCAUUCAAGAACCGCAAGCGAUCUACAUCGAAAAGCCGGACUUUAAUUUCCCGGUGCGGAAGAUACCGCCGGUACCGAUCAUGUUUAAACCGCUGCCGAAGAUACCGACCCUGCUGAUGAACGAACCACAGUUCCAGAAUUUGGAGUCGGACUCUUUGCUGAAGGAAAAUCCGACUGAAGUGUCGAACUCUCUGUUGGAAACAACGGUGAAGAAUGUUCCGACUGUUGGAAGUGACGAGGAGGAGCAAACGGAAGCAACAGAAGCGAUCAUUUCGACGACUACCGAGGAGAGGACUACUACUCGCACUACAACUACGACCACAGUGGCACCGAGUACAGAAAAAUCUACAGAGCGAACUACGACCACAACGACGCCGAAACCGACUACGACUACUACUACGACAACGAUGGCUCCAACUACUACCACGACAACAACUACUACUACUACAACGGCAAUGCCGACUACGACUACUACUACUACUACAACGCCUCGUACAACUACUACAAAGCAGACGACUACAGAAGCCCCUACGACGACCACAGAAGCUCCUACGACAACCACGGAACCUCCAACAACUACUACUUUAACCAGUACGACAGUAGUGGCGAAAGCAAAGCCUUUAGAAGAUGAAAGUACAAUUCUUCCGACAACUACAAUAACUCCGACAAAGAAAGCAGAACUGACCACAUCUACCACCAACUCUUCUCCUAACACUAAACCUACCGAGAAGAUCUCGACUUCUUUGCCUACAAGUACACAAGAAGUUAAGACAACUGCAGAAUACAUCGAGACCACAACAACACCACCUCCACUACCAAAAAAAGAAGUAAUGUCUGAAAAACUACUACAAACAACUCCACCACCGGCUGUUAGCCACUCCACUCCAGUCGAUGUCGUCAUAAAGAUCGACCAAUUAGUCGACAAACAAACGGUAGAAACCAUCCUCAACUCCCUGAAUGCAAAGAUUGAAAAGGUAACCAAGGUAACGGAGCCGAUUGUCACCACAACCAUCGCAACCAAGCGACCCAACAACAAGUUUGUUGGAUUUGUGCCGGAAAAAAUACCCACGACGGUGUUCUCGAGGGUGACCCCGCCGGUGACAACGGAGUCGACCGAAUCGACUGUCUUGUUGAAUGAUCCAACAACAUCCGUUACGACGGAGGGUGAUAUUACUUCCACAAUUGAACCGGAUGUAACGACUACGCUGCGAGAUACAACUACCGAUCGACAGUCGGAAGAGAUAAGCACCAGCACGCAGCGAAUGGAAGAGAGUGAAGAAUCGACCACCGUCACUUCAACAGUGCCUUCGGAAACAUCGACAAUGCAAGAGGAAAGUUCUGCGGAAAUGUCCACCGACGUGACAGACACAACGAUUGCCAAUUCUUACACGGAAACUACACACGAAGAGCCGCGAACAGAGCCGUUUGUAGUUGAGAAUAACGAUACGGCAACAACGACUGAAACGAUCACAUCAGUCGCACCGACAAAGCAAGCGCCACCGCCGCCAACACGUCCACCGAACCCAUUGAAAGAGAACAAUCUCCUCUCGGUACUGCUGAGCGGCCUCUCCAACAUAUUCGACGCAACGAAGAACGAUUCGGGUAAGCAGUCGCAGAAGAAUCGUACCGAGUACCGACCCAUCACCCCGAAACCGAUCCCGAUCAGUGGAUUCCACAAGGUAAGCAACAUACCGUCGAUCCUGGAGUCGGACAUCGGGAUGGAUUACGACGAGCCGACGUUGCCACCCAGUCUGCCAAACUUGAAGAUCAUCCCAUUCCUGCCGGCCGAUGCGGUGAAAAAGAACGAUCCACCGAAGCCGGUCAGCAUCGUACCGCCGACGUACACGUACUUCAAGAACCACCCGAACAACUACCCGAUCGUGAACGACCCGUACGAGGCACCGCCCAGCGGGUAUGGGGUGAGCAAUGAGCAUGAUAUCCUACACCCCGGGAUGACGUACAAGGCGCCGGGCAAGCCGAUGACGGCGGAGUACGAGUACGCGUAUGAUCCGGCGAUCAACUAUCCGGCGCUGACGGAGAGCUACGAUGUGGAUGCAAAGAAUGGGUACUACAACACGAAGGUGAUCCGCGACAAGUACGAUACGGUGGAUGACAUGGACUACGAUUACGAUACGGACACGAUACACAAGUACGCCGAGCUUCCGGCCAAGCAGGAUCUGUUCCAGAACGAGCUGAAGAAGUUUAUCCCGACCAAGUACGAGGUACCGCAGGAGGGAACGUACGUGCCGGUGUACGACAAGUAUGGGGUGGGCUAUCCGGAGAAGAAUGUUUAUUACACGAACCACAAGGAGCUGGCGUACGGUGCCGGUGCAGAGCUGGACAAGGUACAGGUACAGAGCACGGAUAAUCCACUGUUCCGGAUCGAUGGGACGGAUAUGAGCGGGUUCUCGCCGCCAACGAAAACGGAAGGUGGAUUUGUACCAAAGGAGCCGAUAAAGGGUGAGUUUUAUUACGAAAGUUACGCGACGACACCGUUCCCGACCGAGCUGACGGACGAUCAUCAUGUGAAGUUACCAUACAAUGCCACUCCAACUAGUUCCUAUGGAGUGACUCCAUCCAAUCCGUUCAUUGAUGUGAUCCGAACGGAGCCGGCACCGCCCCUGAUGUCACUGAUCGAGGACAAGGAGAAGCUUCUCUCGACACUGCAUUCGAAGAAUACCUCCCUAGAGGAUCUGCUAGGAGAUCCAAGCGAGGGAAGCGAUGAGUACGAGAAGCAAAUCAUCUCCAUUACGACCGACGCGAACUACCUUUCUUCGAUGGCGGAAGAGCACGUGCCAACACAGCGUACGACCUCAUCGAAGCCUAACUUUACCGGGUUUGAGUUGAACUUCCCCGUUUCGGUUCAUCUCCCCGAGGAGCCCGUGUCGGAAGCAACGAAACCGGCCAGCCCGGCUGAAGCACAGCAUAGCGAACCGGAACCGAGUGGAAUGUUUAGCUUGGAGAACAUGCUCAACUAUCUGCUGCGCGAGGAAGAUCCUAUCAAUGAGAAUCGGCUGAGGAAUGCUAGCAAUAGUGAGACAACAGCAGCUGUUAGUGAUGGUGUUCCACCGUUCAAAACACUGCCUUCACGACUCACUGCCGUUUACGAUCCAACGGUUGGUUUGGAAGCUUCCCUUGGAGAUGUGAAACCACCCUCAGAUGAGGAACUACACGACGGCACGGUUACUCUCAAAGUGGAGAGUGCCAAAAACGACACAAAAACCCUAUACCGACCAUCGCUUCUCGAUCUACCGUUCCUGAACCCUGGCUUCCACACGAAACCCAUCAACCAACCGGACUCGGACCCAGAGACACAGAAUGAGCUGGAUCGAUAUGGGUAUGGAGGUACUCCCGAGCAUCAUACCGAUCAGUAUCAGGUGAUUGCUGAAGGUACGCCCAGUGCAAACGCACAAUCGUACGUCGUCAACCCGGUGGACAUUAACAAGCUGAAGCAGCACCACUCCGAAGGUACGGCGGAGAUUACCAUGAAGUCGAAGGUGAAGGAUACGGUCGGCAUACUGAAGCUGGCCGGCUGUAACAUCUACGGCCGAAUGUACCGGGUGGGACGGAUCAUUUCCGAGCUUUCUGGUCCGUGCCUGGAGUGCAAGUGUACCGAGGUGGGUGUGCACUGCACGCCCCUAGAUUGCCGGAGACGGCGGUAAGCGCAGCCAGCCGACACUACCUAGCAGCUAGAUUUAGGGGCGCGUGGCACGGGUAAUGCUACAUAUGUAAGUGUAUAGGACUGUACGUGCAUGUAUGUAUGUGUAGUUUCAUCGAGUGAACGCGUACCAACGGAUGAACGAGGAGCGAGCGAACGGGUGUUACUGUGAUUUUCGUGAUAUUAAUCUAUAGGUUUAAGCCGCACCGUCUGAUACGGUGUCUGGGGCGGAAAUGUCUGGGUGUCUUCGAAUCGUAGACACGAA